AUGGCAGGCAUAAUUAAAGCUGUUCAGAAGCACGUGAUCUCCCAAUUGUUCCGCGUCUUCAAUCAAAGGCCCCCAGAAGAGCCGGUGCUGCUGGCAGCACUAGACGGUCGCGGCGGCAGCAUCGGAGCAGCGACACUGCCGGUGCUCUCAUCCGAGUCCGGCACUGCUUCCCGCAGCUGCGCGGCCGCGCUGCCCAUGCGGCUGAUGCUCAGCGGCGUGGGAGCCGACGACGGCGCCUGGGGCACGGCGGGAAGGCCUGGGUCGCCGGCGCUGUUUUCCCACAUCGGCCUCGUCGGCCUCCCUGGCCCGGCGGAUCUUCUCGGCCGGAUCGACAAGAUCAUCAUCGCCGCUCCAGGCGUCCGGAUCGUCGUCAGGCAGACCCGGCAUGGCCAUGCGCUUCCAGAAGCGCAGCUCCUGGCGCUGGGCCCGAUCCUGCACCCGGCGCUCCCAGCGGCUGGGGUCCUCGUCGUAGCGUCGCCGGAAGUCGCGCAGCAUCGCGUUGGCCGUGCCGGCAUGUCGCUGCAGGUCCCAGAUCUGAUCACGCAGCCGGCUGUUCUCGGCACGCGCUUCGGCCAGCUGGUGCCGGUAGCUGCGGUGCCACGCCGCCACGUCCGCCACGUGCCGCUGCUUGUACGCGUGGAACUGCUUCAGCAUGUCUGCCAGAGUCGUCGCGUACUGUGCCGCCAGCGCCGCGUUGGCCUCCUUCGAGUGCUUGGCUGCCUCGAGCGCCUCCGACAGCACCGAGAUGGUCUCGUCGAGGUUGAGGUCCUGGUCUGUGACUUGUGCGUCAGCUUCCGUCUGCCUCGUCUGCCUCGUCCCUCCGUCCGCACUUCUCGCCACUCACUCUGCAGGUCCUCCACCGCCGCCGCAAUCAGCGACUCGUUGCCCACCUGCUGCGUCCUCGCUCGAUUCCGCACACGGCCCACUCCCGUCACCACGUCGUCCAACACCCGCUUGUUCUCCGCCAGCUGCCGGCUCAGCUCCUCCACCAUCGCGUGUAUGUAG